AUGAGCCCUCCACAAUUGCCAAACCACCACCACAUGGUCGUUCUGCAAGGCGACUUUGUCCGGAUCCCAGAGUUCAACCUUCCCGAGCCGUAUACGUACACAAAGACAGUGUACCCCCAAACAACACUAGCAAAUCUCCAUGAAAGAAUUUACGAUGCUUCUAUUCUGGUCUUAUGUGCAUUCCCCGUUGACGCGAUCGCACUCUCCGAAGAGAAGUCUCCGCAUCUCAAGCUCAUUGUGAUCGUGGCAUCUGGCACCGACUGUGUCGACCUUGAAGUCUGCAGAAAACGGGGCAUUGCUGUGACUAAUUGCCCAGGGGCAAACAUCGCCGCUGUUUCUGAGCAUGCCAUGGGUCUCUACUUUACGACGCGACGGAGGCUCGCGGAUAUGCAUGCCCAAACCCGGGCAGGAGAAUGGCAAAAGCAGAUCCUUAUGUUUCGGUAUCUGGAUAAAUACGGAGAUCCUCCCUUGACGUGUGAAGAUGAAGUGGUGGGUAUUAUUGGAAAUGGGGGCGUGGGGAAACGGAUCGCCAAUCUUGCCCGGGGAUUAGGUAUGAAAGUCUUGAUCUCUGGACGUAAGAAUUUUGGUAGUUCUAUUGGUCCCGAAGGUGAAGAUAGGACACCUUUCGAUACAGUGAUCAAGGAGAGCACGGUACUUUUCCUGGCGGUUCCGCUGCAGGAGACUACUCGGAACCUUAUCUCGACUCCAGAGUUGGAAGCCAUGUCCCAUCAUGCCAUUCUGAUCAACGUCUCUCGGGGUGGUGUUGUAGAUGAAGAGGCACUGGUUAAAGCUCUGCGAGAGAACAGAAUUGCUGGAGCAGCAACCGAUGUAUGCGUGAAGGAGCCUGCUGGACCUAAUAACUCUCCUUUGCUGGCGAAGGGCACGGAGGAUUUAAAUUUGGUGGUGACGCCCCAUUUAGCAUGGUUGGCACAGAAGACCGCUCAAGGUUAUUCGAAGCUGUUCAAAGAUGCCGUGGAAGGAUGGUUCACAGGGAAUCGGUACAAUGUCGUGGUAUAG